AUGGGGAAUCCUGGAAAUGCUGGAUUUGGUAUCAUUGCAAGAAACCAUUACUUCCAAGUUGUAAGAAUAAUAUCUGGAGGCAUAGGUGUUGCUACAAAUUAUAUUGCAGAAGUAUUAGCAGUGGUGGGAGCAGCUGAGUGGGCAGUCUUAUUGAAAUGCAAAUACAUAAUCAUCAGAUCAGACUCUGCAGCUGUGAUUGGAGAUUUUAAAAAAGGUGAUAUUCCUUGGUUUGUAAGAGUAAGAUGGUUGAAGGCCUGUUCUUCUCUAAUAGAUGUGCAUUAUGAACACUGCUACAGAGAACUGAAUUUCUUAGCAGAUAAUCUGGCAAAAGAAGGCGCAAAAUUGAGAGCAGGGGAUCAAAUUCAUCAAAGUGGAAGACCUUCUUUCUUAAUUAGAAUUGAAAUGCAUGAUGUAGAAUAUUAUAUGUUCUGCAGUUAA